GUCUUUUUUUUUUUUCUUUGUUUCUUCCUUCCCUUUUAAAACAUGCCAGCUUCACUCAAUUAUUACUUGACUAAAUUUCACAAUUUGGCACGUAAUUCCAAUGGCAAGCAGUUAGCUCGUCAAUUAUCAUUAGAAGAUAAACACACCCAAUCUUUAUUGAACCAACAUAUCUCUCUUGAUCAAGUAGAUGAACUUUGUAGGAAUCGAUUAGAAUCACCUUGGGAUGAAAUAGCUGCGUGCCAUUUGAAAGCCUUGGUCUACAAUGAUGAAGAUCUUCAUUUACAAGCCUAUGAUGCUCAAAAGGAUUUAGUUCAAUUUUUUCAACGAGCCAUGUCUGGGUUGACUCGAUGGUGUUUACCUGUUCUUUAUGUUAUCAAUAAUGACUUGCGUAUCCUUGCAACAAAAGUGGACAAUGACACUUUGGAAACAAACGAAGGCAAACGAAAAAAACUAGAAGAAGCUGCCAAUAUCAUUAGCAAGUCAUUUACUUAUUGUAUCACUGACAGGAGUGUAACAAAGACAUCAAAAAAGUUUGGAACAUAUUUUAUGAUUGGAUUACUCUUUCGUAUUUACUUCAAGUUAAAACAACAAAAUCUAUGCAAGAAUAUCUUACGUGCCUUGAAAGCCACUGAUAUGCCAUCUAUUGAAGAUUUCCCAAAAAGUGAUCGUGUUACAUUUCGAUAUUAUCUCGGAAGACUUUAUUUCUUGGGUGAAGAUUAUGCAAAGGCCGAAAAUGAAUUAGAUCUUGCAUUCCGUGAAUGUAUGAAAAGUCAAAGAAAAAACAAAGAACUUAUUCUACAAACACUUUUACCAGUACGAUUGAUUCGAGGGGUAUUACCAUCAAGAGCAUUACUAGAGCAAUAUCCAAAGACGAAUCAAGUAUAUGGUGAUAUUGCCAAGGCUAUUAAAUGUGGAAAUGUAAAGGCAUUCAAUGAAGCUCUGGUACGAUCUGAAACGACAUUGAUUCGUCAAGGUACUUACUUUGCUGUAGAAAAGGCUCAAAGUAUUGCCAUGCGUCAACUCUUCCGAAAAGUAUAUCAAGUGAUGGGAAAUAGUAGUAGAUUAGCCAUACCAAAAUUCAAGGCAGCAUUAGAACUUGUAGGAUUAGAAGUAGAUAUGGAAGAAACUGAAUGGAUGUUAGCAAAUAUGAUUUACAAAGGAUAUAUUAAAGGAUACUUAUCGCAUGAAAAAUUAUUUCUUGUUUUAAGUAAAGGUGAUCCAUUCCCUAAUAUAUCUUCUAUUAGUCAAUAAAAAUUUAUAUAUGUUAUAAAAAGUCAA